UGGUCUACUCAGGAGUUUGUACUGAGAUCUUCAGAAGAGAGAGUGUGAUCUUCAAGAAAACUGUCUACUGCUUUGUUCAUCUGAGUGUUCAGGAGUUUCUGGCUGCAGUCUACAUGUUCCACUGCUACACCAACAGGAGGACACAGGUACUGCAGGACUUCCUGGGAAAAGAAUACAAACCCAGCAAAUCCAAAUUGGAAACUAUUGUUAAUACGUUUAAGGUAAAAUAUGACUUCACUAUGACUGACUUCCUCAGAAAGUCAAUGGAGAAAUCCCUCCAAAGUAGAAAUGGUCACCUGGACCUGUUUGUUCGCUUCCUUCAUGGUCUGUGUCUGGAGUCCAACCAGAGAAUCUUGGGAGACCUGCUGGGUCAGACACACUACAGUCCAGAAACCAUACCAAAGGUCAUUGAAAACCUAAAAAAAAUGAACACGAUCAACAUCUCUCCAGAGAGAAGCAUCAACAUCUUCCACUGUCUGACAGAGUUGAAGGAUCAGUCAGUUCAUCAGCAGAUCCAAGAGUUCCUGAAGUCAAAGACCAGAGAGAAAGAACUCUCUGAGAUCCAGUGCUCAGCUCUGGCCUACAUCCUGCAGAUGUCAGAGGAGGUUCUGGAUGAGUUGGACCUGGAGAAGUAUAACACAUCGAAGGAGGGAAAACUGAGACUGAUCCCAGCUGUGAGGAACUGCAGGACGGCUCGGUUUGGAGAUUGUCACCUCUCAGAGACCCACUGGGAGGUGGUGGCCUCUGCCCUGAAGACAAAUCCCUCACACAUGGUUGUUCUGGAUCUGAGCUCCAACCUGUACCUAGAGGAACCAGGGAUCAAGAAGCUGUGUUCUGGAUUGGAGAGUCCACACUGUAGACUGGAUAAACUGAAGUUGGACAAUUGUGCAUUGCCAGAUGUCAGGUGUUCUCUUCUGGUCUCAGCUCUGAGGUCCAACCCCUCCCUUCUGACCAAACUGGACCUGGGUGGAAAUGACGUGAAAGAUUUGACAAUGGAGAAUCUGUGUGGUUAUCUAGAGAGUCCAAAAUGUCGACUGGAGACUCUGAAGUUGAGAUUCUCCCAUUUGUCAGAUGUCAGCUGUUCUUCUCUGGUCUCAGCUCUGAAGUCCAACCCCUCCCACCUGAGGAAACUGACGUUGGGGGGGAAUAGGCUGCAGGAUUCAGGGAUGAAGGAUCUGUGUGGUUUUCUCCAGAGUCCAGACUGUAAACUGGAGGAUCUGGAGUUGAAACGCUGUGAGUUGACAGAGAUCAGCUGUUCUUCUCUGGUCUCAGCUCUGAAGUCCAACCCCUUCCAUCUGAAGAAACUGGCCAUGAGCUCAAACCCUCUGCACGACUCAGGAGUGGAGUUUCUGUGUGUUUUUCUGCGGAGUCCAGACUGUAGACUGGAGGAUCUGAGGUUGAGGGACUGCAGGUUGUCAGAGAUCAGCUGUUCUUCUCUGGUCUCAGCUCUGACGUCCAACAACUCCCGUCUGAGGAAACUGGACUUGAGCGGAAACAACCUGGAGGAUUCAGCAGUGGAGGAUCUGUUUGGCCUUGUGGAUGAUCUGAUGUCAGUGUAGAACAUUGGAGUCAAAAUGUUGAAACUAAAUCUGUUUUUUAAUUAUUUGUAAACUUCCUUGUCUCUCCACUUGGUGGCGUGUGAUCAGAUUCCCAUACUGUUUCAUUUUUACAGACCUUAUUGUCUAUGAACUGCGUGUGUUCAUAUUUUAAUUGACAGGUGAAUGUGUUGCCUUUUCUUACCUUACUCCGACUGUAGAGGGCGCGGCUGCUCUACUUGUAUUUAACGUGACAUAAACUGCUCUCAUCUCUGCUCAUUUCUCUUCUCU